AUGGAUACAACUGCAAAGACUCAAAGCUCGAAGGAGGAUUCAUCUGAUGGUACCCCGGCCGUAGCCGCAAGGGCGACCACCAUUCUCACCGGAGAGCAAAGUGAUUUCACGUCGGCAACAUGGACGGAAGAUUCACAGCACCAAGAUGAUCAAGAAGCGUCCAUUCCGGCUGAAAUCAAAACCACGAAAGGAACUGAGCCCGAUCUAGAGAAUCCCACACCCAAGGGGAAACAAACAACAAACUUGGUUCUUGAGCGCCGUGCUAAGCUUUUCCAGGGCUGCCGCACAUUUUCUGUGCACAAGAACGGAGAAAAGGUUGGAACGCUGUGCAACGGAGGAACCAGAGUCGUCCGGGACGUCGCCAAGGGCGACUGCGUUGAGAUUUCCUACGAAGGAUCACACAGGGCAUCUUAUAACACUCUGGUGUUGGUUGUCAACAGCACCAGUAGACCCUUGAGUUGUCGUCUCAAAAAGACCGGGGAUGUCUCCUUUUACUUGGUCCUCGUGGGAGCUCUGAUUUUCAUGGCGUCCGUGCUUGCUGGAUACACCUAUGGAAUGCUGGCGCUUCCGGUAUCACUUCUCUUGGCCAGUUCUAGCCUCUACAAGUAUUGUCGGGACAGUGAGUUUCGAAAGGAAAUUGUCCCCUGCAACUCCAACAAUCGUGAUAUUGAAGAAUACAGUUUGCUGCUGGUCGAGCAUCGGCCAGCACAGACUCGCAGUGUCGCUCCUCUGGGAUGA